UUCGGGUGUCUUUUAUGAAUAAUCAAAAGCAGCAAAAGGCAACGCUAUCAGGCCAGCAUUUUAAAACCAGAAAAAGAGAUGAAAAAGAGAGGUUUGACCCUACUCAGUUUCAAGACUGUAUUAUUCAAGGCUUAACUGAAACUGGUACUGAUUUGGAAGCAGUAGCAAAGUUUCUUGAUGCUUCUGGAGCAAAACUUGAUUAUCGCCGAUAUGCAGAAACACUCUUUGACAUUCUGGUGGCCGGUGGAAUGCUGGCCCCAGGUGGUACACUGGCAGAUGACAUGAUGCGUACAGAUGUUAGUGUGUUUGCAGCACAAGAGGACCUAGAGACCAUGCAAGCAUUUGCUCAGGUUUUUAACAAGUUAAUCAGGUGCUACAAAUACCUGGAGAAAAGUUUUGAAGAUGAAGUUAAAAAGCUGCUGCUGUUCUUAAAGGGUUUUUCAGAGUCGGAGAGGAACAAGCUGGCUAUGUUGACUGGUGUUCUUCUGGCUAAUGGAACACUUAAUGCAUCCAUUCUUAAUAGCCUUUAUCAUGAGAAUUUGGUUAAAGAAGGGGUUUCAGCAGCUUUUGCUGUAAAGCUCUUUAAAUCAUGGAUAAAUGAAAAAGGUAUCAAUGCAGUAGCUCCAAGUCUUCGGAAAGUGAGCAUGGAUAACAGACUGAUGGAACUUUUUCCUGCCAAUAACCAAAGCGUUGAACACUUCACAAAGUAUUUUACUGAGGCAGGCUUGAAAGAGCUUUCACAGUAUGUUUGGAAUCAGCAAACCAUAGGAGCUCGUAAGGAACUCCAGAAAGAACUUCAAGAACAGAUGUCCCGUGGUGAUCCAUUUAAGGAUACAAUUUUGUAUGUCAAGGAGGAGAUGAAGAAAAACAACAUCCCAGAACCAGCUGUCACUGGAAUAGUAUGGUCCAGUGUAAUGAGCACCGUGGAAUGGAACAAAAAAGAGGAGCUUGUAGCAGAGCAAGCCAUCAAGCACUUGAAGCAAUACAGCCCUCUACUUGCUGCCUUUACAACUCAAGGUCAGUCUGCGCUGAUUCUGUUACUGAAGAUUCAGGAGUACUGCUAUGACAACAUUCAUUUCAUGAAAGCCUCCCAGAAAAUAGUGGUGCUUUUUUAUAAAGCUGAAGUUCUGAGUGAAGAACCCAUUCUGAAGUGGUAUAAAGAUGCACAUGUUGCCAAGGGGAAAAGUGUCUUCCUUGAACAAAUGAAAAAGUUUGUAGAGCGGCUCAAAAAUGCUGAAGAAGAAUCUGAGUCUGAAGCUGAAGGAGGUGACUGAAUUUGAAACUACACCCUCAGUAAAGCAAACAGGAGUUGUAGAUAAAAUAUCAUGUCUCCUGUGUC